AUGAAGUUUGCCAAAGAGCUCGAGCGCGACUUGGUACCUGAAUGGCGGGCAAAGUACCUGGACUACAAGACAGGCAAGAAGAAGCUCAAGGCCAUCAACCGCGCCCUCCGCACCGUACACCAGACGCCCCGCUUCCGCAAACGUGGCACCAAUGCCUUCGAACCCUCGCCGUUUGACGCUGCGCCCAAGUACACGUACAUCAACCGGAACUACAACGGACGAGAAGCAACCCUCGGCUCGCGAGACCCCGACGACCUGCGCGCGCUUGCCAUCACAAACAGCCAGAACAGCGUCAAGGACAAGGACAAGUCCAAUGGCGGGAAGGAGUCGGUUCCAGCAGCACGGCCCUCUCGCUCGCCCGAAGAGGAGCCGUUGGCCAAAUGGUCAGGCUUUCGAGCGGGCACCAGCUACGGUAGCAUCGUGGGCAGUCCUCCGGAUGAAGAUCCCUUGACGAAUCGAGGACGGGCGCCUCCUUCGCUGAAGCUUCCAGGCGCAGCUCUGGAUCCGAAUGAGUCGACUCCAAGUGUUGGACCAUCGUUGCAAAGACCAAAGACAGCCGGCGUAGCACCCCCAGCUGCACCAGACACAGACAAUGCAUUCGAGAUUGGGAAGACGAGGUCGCCGCACAGCAGGCAUGCUUCACUACCAGCGCGCUACAGGAGUGUCUUCAGCCCCAUGCGAAUGAACUCGGAUGCCGGACCCAUCACCCAGACAAAGUCCCGACCAUCUGUACGACGACUCUUUUCUAUGAACAGCAAGACGCCGCCAAUGAGUCCUGGCGACGUUCCUCUUGAAGCCUAUCGCGAUCUCGAUCUCCGACAAGCCGAAUUCUUCAACUUUCUUGACCUUGAACUAGAGAAGAUUGAGGCCUUCUAUAAAGAGAAGGAGGAGGAAGCAACGAAGCGUCUGGCAGUACUCCGAGACCAGCUCCACAUCAUGCGCGACCGUCGUAUUGACGAGGUCAUCCACCGCCAGACGGCCAAGAUAAAGGCAAAGAACAAAAAGCAUCAUAGUGGUGGACACCUGCUCGGCCACAGCCACGCCAGCAGCUCUGGUGACGAGAACUCGGACGACACGAAAACGAACGGGGAAUCACUCAAUGCCUCGUGGCUAAAUCCAAUUGAUGCCGCGCUGGAAGCCAUCAAUGCUGGAAAGUAUGGCAAGAGUACGAAGGAGAUUACCCAGCUCGCGACCCCCGCUGCACUGAAGCCCCAGGACUACCUAGAAGGACGUAGCGACUUUGUGCGGCGUCCAGACUUCCCCGAUGUGCCCUACCAAUCAGCCAAACGUAAGCUCAAGACUGCCCUCCAAGAGUACUAUCGAGGUCUCGAGUUGCUCAAAUCGUACGCCUUACUCAACCGCACGGCAUUCCGCAAGAUCAACAAGAAGUACGACAAGACAGUCAACGCCCGCCCGUCGAGUAAAUACAUGACCGAAAAGGUCAACAAAGCCUGGUUCGUGAACAGCGAUGUCAUCGAAGGACACAUUCGGGCCGUUGAGGAUCUGUACGCUAGAUACUUCGAGCAAGGCAACCACAAAGUCGCGGUUGGCAAGCUGCGCAUCAAGAUCGCCAGAGCCGGUGAUUACACAGACAACACGUUCCGCAACGGCAUUCUCCUGGCCGCGGGUGUUAUACUCGGCGUGCAAGGUCUUGUGAAAGCGACCGAGAUCGCGUCAUUACAGGAUCCAGAACGCAAUGCAUUUUCGCUUAAUACAAGCUAUCUUCUGCAGAAGCAAGCUGACACGAGGCAGAUCUAUGCUGGCUACUUCCUCGCCAACUUCCUUCUUCUCCUAUUCUGCUUAGCAUGCCGCGUUUGGCAUGAAACUAAGAUCAACUAUGUUUUCAUCUUCGAAUACGAUACCCGCCACUUUCUCGAUUGGAGGCAACUUUCUGAACUUCCUUGUUGGUGCCUUUUCUUCCUCGGCUUGAUCAUGUACCUCAACUUUCACCAAGUUGGUGGCGAACACGUCUUUUUGUACUACCCUGUUAUUCUCAUUGGCAUGUCCGUUGCCGUCUUGUUCAAUCCGAUGAAGAUAUUCUACUUUCGGACUAGAAUGUGGUUGUUGUACAGCUUGUGGCGCCUGUUACUUGCUGGUAUUUACCCUGUCGAGUGGCGAGACUUCUACCUUGGCGACAUGUUUUGCUCUCUGACAUACACCAUGGGUAAUAUUGCAACCCUCUUCUGUCUUUACUCGCGUAGUUGGAACAAUCCUGGUUCUUGUAACUCGUCGCACCUGCGCGUAGUGGGCUUCCUGACUGCACUCCCUGGAAUAUGGCGCGCCCUGCAAUGUAUUCGCCGCUACGCCGACACUGGAAACAAAUUCCCUCACUUGCUCAAUUGCGGAAAGUACUUUGCUACUAUCAUGUUCUACGCCACACUCAGCAUCUACCGCAUAGAUCAAAAGCCUGCUACUAGAGCUGCAUUCAUCACGUUCGCUACCAUCAACAGUAUAUACACCAGCUUUUGGGAUAUCUACUACGACUGGAGUCUAGGCGACCCGCAUGCCAAGCACCGGUUCUUGCGUAAAGAACUUGGCUACAAGAAGGUCUGGUGGUACUAUACAGCGAUACUGAUCGACCCCAUCCUCCGCUUCAACUGGGUCAUGUACACUGUCAUCCCCCUCCAACUCCAACACUCCGCCGUAACAUCCUUCUGCGUGUCCCUUAGCGAAAUCUUCAGACGAGGCAUGUGGUCUCUCUUCCGCGUCGAAAACGAACACUGCACCAACGUCGGCCGCUUCCGCGCUAGCCGCGACGUCCCACUCCCCUAUGAAGUCCCUCCAAGCCCGCACGUCCGGGACCGCGCACGCCACAUCCAGCGCGGCGAGCGCCUCGACGAAGAACAACCCCCCACGCCCACACAACCUACCGCAUCUACAUCCAGCGCGCAACUCCACCUCGAGCGCACACGAUCCUCAGCCCGUCAGCGCCGCCCGAUACAAGAUGAUUUCCGCCCCUCGCCGCUCCAGCGUGCUAUUACGUCCGUCGGCGACAUGCUGCGUGACGCGCACGCCGAGGACUUUGAACGGAAAAGGAAACCAGAGUUGGGUCGGGAUCCGCGGAAUACGAAGGUUGAGGAGGACGACGACAGCGAUGACGAGAGUGAGGGCGAAGAGAGGGAUAGUGAUGGCGACGUGGAGGACAUGGAUGAUGAGCAGGAGAAGAAGAUUUAG